AUGACCACCAACAGCGGACGGUAUCUCAAUGAGAUGCGUCAAAAGUUCAUUCAUAAGCUGGUGCAGGAGGCAACAAGUCCUAGCGAAGAACCCCUACAUAAGGCCACAAAAGCAAAGUACUCUAAAGUGCUCAACAUCAAACAUUACUUGGAAGAUACAACCAGCCAACUGCGUCCAGAGCUAAUCGAUUACAUGAAAUUUGUGUUGAUCUGGCGCCAACUAUUUCACUUACCUUGCCCCUACGUAAAGAAGGCACUCAACAACGAAUUUUUGGAGACAUUCGAUUACAGUCUACAAUCACAGGUUAAAGGAUUGGCGGGAAGUCUAGCAGAGAUGGUCAAAGAAAUUGUAGCUGAAACACCAAUACGAAACGGAGCCUUCUUGCUACCAACAGCACCAGCAACACCUACGGCUCCUAUUGAAAAUGCGGCAAUCCGUAGUGUCACGAUAACGGACUCCACAACAUCAUCAUCCACAGUCCAAACUCAGAUCACCCAAAAUCCACAGAUUUGGCCCAGCGCCUAA